UUUUUGGUUGUUUAAAUGCAAUUAUUUGCUGUGUAGGUGUUUCUGGCAGGCUCUCGAUCAAUGGGUGACGAUCAGGUGAAGGAUGAGACGUUGGAGAUUUUAGAUCAGUUUCAAGUGCUGCCUCGUCUCGUCGUUUUCGAUCUCGAUUAUACUCUCUGGCCAUUCUACUGUGAAUGUCUUUCCAAGCGUAGCAUGCCGUCAUUAUAUCCUCAUGCUAAAGGCAUACUGAAUGCCCUCAAGGAUAAAAACAUUGAUGUUGCUAUUGCCUCAAGAUCGCCAACCCCUGAUACAGCCAACGCUUUUCUUGAAAAAUUAGGGAUAAAAUCAAUGUUUAUUGCUCAGGAAAUUUUUUCCAGUUGGACACACAAGACUGAUCAUUUUCAAAAAAUCAAACAGAGGACAGGUGUUCCUUACAAUGAAAUGCUAUUUUUUGACGACGAGGAUCGCAACAUUGGGGCAGUUUCGAAAAUGGGUGUUACGAGCAUUUUGGUGGAUGAUGGCGUUGAUCUCGGGGCUUUAAGACAAGGGCUUUCCAGAUUCUCUCAGAACCGAUCAUCACUGGAAAAGAACAAGCAAAGAUGGCAUAGUUUUUCGAAGAAAUCAAGCUCAUCGAACACUGGAGAGUGAUGAUUUUCCGGAGGAAGAAUAGGUUAGACUAUUAUUCUACCAAUCAAUUUGUACCAUGGUUCUUGGAUAGCUCGGGUAAGAAAAUAGACUUAUGAGAUAAUCACCUCAUUUAAAACUUUUAAUGUUGUUAAAAUUUGACUUCUCUGUUCUCUCUAAGGUAUCAUAAAUAUGAUGUUUAUAUGUGCCAAGAUUUUACA